CGCGCUUUUAUGAGGGCCUCGCGGCUCUCUGGUCGAAACUUGUAUAUAACCUAUAAUAAUCAAUAUUAAUAAAGAAUAAUGAUGUAUUUAUAAUAAGAAUUCGUGUUAUAAUUAUACAUUUUUACGGGGAUUUUGAAGAUAAUAUUAUUACGGUCACCGGUUCAUAGAAACUGUCACCCGACCGUUCCCCUGCACGCUCGGCCGUCGAUCGAAUUAACGAGAAAAGAUUACGUAGACAACACUAUUUUAUUAGAUUAAAUUGCGUUGAUUUAUUUUUGAUACGAUAAAGACAUAAUAAAUAAUAAUAUCAUAGUCAAUAGUCAUUGAUAUCAGAUCAAGCACGACGCACGUUGCACGAUUGUCAUACCAUAAUAAAUUAUUUUUUUUUUUUAUUGUGAAUAUUGUCUUUGUGAACAAGGAAACCUUUAGCACAUCUUCACAAAAUUAAUUUUCAUACCAGAUCCAUUAUUUUCAAUUAUCAUGUCAACUCAUCGUGAUCGUGAUAACUUUCGAAGUCACCCAUCUGGUUACCAAAAACGAAUAAAAAAAGAAAAAAAAGAACAAAUUAUUAAGAAACAACGUGGUGCUUUUGAAAAAUUUCUUUGUAAAACAGAAAAAAAAAAUGAAAAUGAUUAUGAGGAGCGGGAAUCUAUUCAACCGGAAAUUCAGAAUAAUAUCUCGGAUAAUAUUAUGGAGUCUGAUCAAACAAUUAAAGAAAAUAAACAAGGUGAACAAUUAGGUAUGGAAAUCCAUGAAGUCUUCUCUGAUAAUUGUUCUGAACCUAUAAACGACAAAAAUGACAUUGAGAAACUUUAUAGCGAGUUUGAUGAUAUUGGCUGUUGGCCUGUAAAUAUUAACCAGAACAUAAGUACAGAAAUUAUUAAAUGUGGUCCAAAAAAAGUAUUAAAUUUUAAAUUUCCGGUUAAUGAGCAAAAUAGGAAGUUUAACGUCAGCUACUAUAAUCGUGUAAUGCCCAAUGGAGAAAUAGUUAAUCGUUUGUGGCUUGUUUAUUCGAUCAGUAAGGAUGCUGUUUAUUGUUUUUGCUGCACACUGUUUCGAACUAGUUUACCAAGUAAUUCGAAUAGAAGUGGUUUGGUAAGUGAAGGAAUUAAUGACUGGAAGCACUUGUCUGAAAAGUUAUCUGAACAUGAACGAACAUCUGCCCAUAAUCAGACAAUUAAAAUUUGGAUGGAACUAAAAAUACGAAUUUCGACUUUAAAUACUAUAGAUAAACAACACCUGAGUCAAAUUGAAAAAGAGAAAAAACAUUGGCGGGAUGUACUUGUAAGAAUUUUAGCUGGUAUUCAUUACUUAGCAAAAUACAACGAUGCAUUUCGAGGAUCAUCUGAUGUUAUUUAUACUGAACAUAACGGUAAAUUUCUCGGGUACAUCGAAACGUUAGCUAAGUUUGAUCCAGUAAUAAUAGAGCACGUUAAACGAAUUAAAUGUAAAGAAACCCACGAUCAUUAUCUCAGUCAUGAUAUUCAAGAUCAACUUAUAACAUUGAUUGCUAAUAAAAUACAAAAAGAAAUAGUAGCGGUUAUACAUAAAUCAAAAUAUUAUUCAAUUAUGAUGGACUGUACACCAGACAUUAGUCACCAAGAACAAUUAUCAUUGAUAAUUAGGGUCGUGGAUAUGGAUACUGAUAACGAGUUAAGCGAUCCAACGAUUAAAGAAAUGUUUAUGGGGUUCAUAAAUGUUAAUUCUACGACAGGAUUACACUUAGCAAACGUGCUAUUAGAAAAACUAAAAGACAACAAAAUUGAAUUAAAUAACUGCCGAGGUCAAGGCUACGAUAAUGGCGCUAAUAUGAAGGGCCAAUAUCAAGGUGUUCAAGCACGAAUAAAAAAUUUAAAUUCCAGGGCAUAUUUUACUCCAUGCGCAGCACACAAUUUAAAUUUACUACUGGGAGACUUGGCCAAAACCUCAACUAAAGCUGUUUCAUUUUUUGGCGUGGUUCAGAGAUUAUAUUGUUUGUUUUCGUCCUCUACUGGCCGAUGGGACAUUUUAAAAAAAUAUUGUAAUUUAUAUACUUUAAAACCACUGUCAGAAACUCGUUGGGAGUGUAGAGUUAAUAGUGUAAAAGCUUUGCGCUUUCAGUUACCAAGUGUAAUUAAAGCUUUAGAAGAAAUGGCAAAUACAACUAACGAUCCAAAAACAAGAAGUGAAGCCUAUUCUUUAGUAAUAAAUGAAUUAAAUAGCUAUGAAUUUGUAUUAAGUUUAGUGAUCUGGUAUGAAAUUCUAUCAGAAGUCAAUAUUGUAAGUAAGAGCUUGCAAAGCAUAAAUAUGCAUCUGGAUGUAUCCACUAAUUUGCUAAAUGGACUACUAAAAUUUUUUGAACAAUAUCGUACUACAGGAUUUGAUUCUGCUAAAAUAACAGCCAACACAAUUUCAGAGGACUUAGAUAUCGAGAUAGAAUUUAAAAAAACCCGUAAAAGAGUCAAAAAGUCACAUUUCAGUUAUGCAGGACCUGACGAUUUAAUUGAAGAUGCUGAACUUAAGUUCAAAUAUGAUUUUUUUCUUUUAGUUAUUGACCAAGCAAUUAAUUCAAUGAAUGAACGAUUUCAUCAAUUCAAAACAUUUAAUAAUAAUUUUGGAUUUUUGUAUAAAAUUGAGCAGUUAAAACACAUGAAUAAUGAAGAUUUAAUGAUACAUUGUAAAGAUCUUCUAAUUACUCUGUCUGACGGUGAUUCUAAGGAUAUUGAUGGAGUUGAAUUAUAUGAAGAAUUAAUUAUUUUGAGAAAUAUUAUUCAUGAUACUAAUACGGCGUUACAAAUUUUAUCUUUGUUGAAAAAAAUGAUGGGUUCAUUUCCAAAUACUUGUAUUGCAUUAAGAAUUAUCUUAACAAUACCUGUAACGUCAGCCACUGCCGAAAGGAGUUUUUCAAAACUGAAAAUAAUAAAAAAUUAUUUGAGAAAUACCAUUUCGCAAGAUAAGAUGUCAAAGUUAGCAUUGAUUUCAAUUGAAAAUAAAAUAUCAGAGUCUCUCGAUUACAACGAUAUUAUUGAAAUAUUCGCUUCACAAAGAUCGAGAAAAAAAACUUUUUAA